UUUUUGCUGUUUUCUUGAAUCUCUUCGCUCUUCUCUUUUAUUUGUCCUUUUUUCUUUUUUCUUUUUUUUUCCUCUGAAUCUCUAGCCCCAUUUUUCCCGUUUUGUUUCAGCCCAACAAUGAACUACUACAGCAUCAACAACAACAGUCUCAACAACAACAAUCUCAACAAUAACAUUAAUAUGAACAAUAUUAAUACAGCUAAUUAUUACUCAAACAACUCGAAUUACUACAACAAUAUGCCUCAGAUAAAUAGUAACACCUCUAACAGUAUUAAUACUAAGAAUCUAUACAAUAACCCCCAAUUUUCUAACUCCCCUCCGGUUUUUUCCAAUCAACAAAUCUAUACCAACAAUAACAAUAGUUAUAAUUAUAACAACAAAAGCAACAAUGUAAAUAUAUCUCAAUCAACUAACAACAUCAAUAUUAUUAGUAACAAUAAUGCUGUUAUCUCUACUGCUACUACUAAUACUAGCGAUUACUCUUCUCCAAACUCUUCAAUAUCUUCCUUAUACUCCACCUCAUCAAACGUUUCCAACGCUUCCAAUGUUUCUAACGGCUCAAAUUCCUCUUCCUCUUCCGCCUCUUCUACUUCUUCUUUUACCUCUUUUUAUAAAAAUUUAAAUUUGAUGUCAAACUCAAGAGAAAAAUUCUUGUCUUCCAAGGGUUUUGAUUUAGAAGAUGACUUUGAAUACUACCCCAACUCAAAUUCAACUUCAAUCCCUUUUCAAAAUAACUUUAAUAACUCCUUUAAUGAUGAUUCAUUUAAUUUAUUAUACUUCAAUUCAAUCUUAAAUUCAAUUCAAGAUUCCAACUCCACUUCAAGCUCAAAUUUGAAUUCCUUAUCAACUCUACAAAUCUCAAAUAAUUCAUCUCCAAACCACUCUCCAAAUCAUUCCUCAAUUAAUCCUAUAAUUCAAUCAACUCCAAUUAAUAAUAACAAUAACAAUAACAAUAACUCAACCUCAAGUUAUCAUAAAUUUAAUCCCUACACUUCAACAACUUUCUCUCCCCACACAUCUCCAAAUAAUUUAUCAAACAAAAUCUCUAACAAAUUACCAACAAAAAAAAACUUCUCAACUUCUCCAACUCCAAGAUCAAAAAAAAUUAUAGAUAUUAUCAACCCAUUAACUGGCCUAAUCAUUUCCUCAAAUCAAUCCAACCAUUGACCCAUUGACCCUAUUUAAUUAUUAAAUGUUUUAAACAGAGACUAUAAAUAUACAAGAAUAAAAGAAUAAAACAUUCAAUCUAAUAAAAUCGUCUCUUUCUACUUCUCUUUCACUAUCUUUUUUAUCCUUAACUGUUUUUUAUUGUCUUGUCCCUUUUCUUACUACUUGAUUUUUUUUGACUGCGGAGCUUGAAGUUGAUAUUUGGAAAUUUGGAACUUGGAAUUUUGUUAUUAAAAAAUUAAAUUUUAUAAUGAUUUAAAGGUAAAUAUUAAU